AUGCCCUACCUGGCUCACACCGGCCACUCCCAGCUCCUCGCCCUGUGGCUCUCCUGCGUUGGAUGCACGCUCACCGCCGUGUCCCUUGGCCUCAUCCAGUGGAGGGUCUGGCUGGUGUCAGACAGGGAGGUCAUCAGCUCCGGGGUGGCGUGGGUGGGCGUUUUUCGGGCGUGUUUCAACAGCCACACCCUGGUGACGCCUGGAUACAGAGUGAUGCACUGCAGGUUCAUCAGCUUGAUGGAGGACUUCACCCCUCCAGAGAUAGUGGCAGGGCAGGUCCUCAUGCUGCUGUCUCUGCUGGUGGGGCUCUGUGGGAACGCUGGGGGAGUCUACACCUUGAGGAACGUGUAUUUUGGGAUGGGGAAGAACUCGCCUAUCCGCUUGACGUUCCUCACAAGUGGCGUUCUGUGCCUGAUGGCCGCCAGCAUGUCCCUCACUCCUCUGCUGUGGAACCUGAACUCUGUGGUGACCAAUCAGACUAUAACGUUCCCCCCAGAGUUUAAACUACCCCCGACUCCUGACUCUCAACAUGUUGGGAAGGGCAUCUGGGUGGGACUGGUUGGGACGAGCUUUAUGAUUGUCUCCGGGAUUAUUUUCUGCACCUACAGGUUGCCUGGGAGGUCAGCAAAUCGUGCAGAAACAGUGACUGGCAGCAGGGGGGCUGCCGGGGGGAAAGAUAACCCGGCGUUUGAGUUUCACGAACACUGA